GUCGUACUCAGAGCACUUGUUACUCACUCAUAAGUACUCAGGUGAGUACUCAGUGAGUAAAAAAAUGUAUGAGUACGUAUGAGUACUCGUCCGGUUUUUCUAGCAGAGUACUUUUUGAGUACUCACAUUUGAGUACAUUCACUAGCGUUAGGUAAUAAAAUAAAUGUAAUGCGGUUCACAAAUAUUAUCUUUGAAGUAGGGAAAGGUUGAAUUUUCAUCGAAAAAUUGCGUUUUACUGAAAAAAAUUGUCUACGACAUCUCACAAAUGGUUGUCACGACGAUGUGUCACAUCAGUUAGGGGGUGAGACUGAAAAGUGCCAUUCCACGCAUCAUACAGCUAAAACAUUUUUCUCGCUCUCCAAAGUGUUUCCAAUGUUAUUAACUAUGUAUAAAUAUGUAGCUAUACAUAAACUUCGCAAAAAAGGCUUGGUCAAAAGAGCAAUGUUAGCGAUCCUUGUCCAGUAUAUUUUUGUUUAGGAUGACAUAGUUCAAGUGAAUGAAAUUUUUAAAGAUGUGGCAAAACUUGUUCAUGAACAGGGCGACAUUAUAGAUCAUAUUGAGGUUCACGUAGAUUCUGCUGAACAAGGUACACAAAAAUCAGCAAGCGAGUUAAAACAAGCAGUUAACUAUCAGAAGUUGUGCGGAGAACUAAGACAUAUUUAUCGUAGUCCAAAGAUUGUUUACGUACAUGUUGUUAUUAUUGACGAAAAAAUGGGUACAAAAAAAUCAAAAUUGAAAAAUGAAGAUAAUAAAAUUAAUGAAAAUUCAGUCGUAAUUCCUUCUCGUGAUACUCGUGAUACAAAUCAAGAAGAAAUCACUCUUAUUUGGUUUGGCACCGAUAGUAGUUCCGAAGAUGAUGACAUUAAAAAUUCGUUGAGAUCGAUUAAUGAUUUUGUUUUAUUUUAUGAUGAUGUUGUUUUAUGUAACGACUACAUUUGUUCAAUUAAAGAAGAAAAAAUAUUUUUAAUCGUCAAUACACUAGAUGCAUUAAAAAUCGUACCUCUAAUUCAUUCACUCGACAAUAUUGACUCUAUAUUUUUGUUCAAUAAAGACUAUACUAGCUGUGAUGAAAUUAUGACUGAAAAAUAUGCAAAAAUAAUUAAUGCCUACACGAAUAAAGAGUUGUUAAUUAACGAUAUUCGAAAACAUAUAUUUCUAUCUGAAAAACAAUCAGCCGCCUUCAAUCUAUACGAUCGAAAACAAAAAUCACAUCGUAAUUUAUCAAAUGAAUGUGGUUCAUUUUUAUUUUUUCAAAUGUUUAAAAAUGCAUUAAUGUCUAUGCCUCGAACAACAGAAGCUAAAAUAGAAAUGGUUGAAAGAUGUCAAGAAUAUUAUCGUGGAAAUCAAAAAGAAUUAGCCAAUAUUGUACAGUUUCAAUUGACAUACAAAUCAUCAGAUGCCAUUAAAUGGUAUACAAAAGAUAGUUUCUUAUAUCGUUUGAUAAACAAAGCACUAAGAUCAGAAAAUAUUGAAGCUCUAUACACAUUUCGAUUUUAUAUCACUGAUCUCUGCACAAGUUUAGCAGUAAAAUAUCAUGAUUUUAAAAAAAAUUACCGAAAAUCGCCCAUUAUUAUGCUCUAUCGAGGAUUGAAACAGCCGAAAGAUGAAAUUAAGGCUAUGGAAGAGAACGUGGGUAAUCUAAUGUCAACAAAUGGAUUUCUAUCUACAAGUCGAUCAAGAGUAAUUGCCUAUGAAUUUGCUAAAAAAGAAACAAAACGAACAGAUCUUGAGUGUCUUCUGUUUGAAAUCGAAAUGGACCUUCGUCUAGAGAAAAUACUAUUAUCCGAUAUAUCCGAGUACAGCGACUUUCCUGCCGAAGAAGAAGUAUUGUUUGAUCUGGGUGCAGCAUUUAAAAUUGAAUCGUGUACAUACGAUGAAUCAGAUAAUUUAUGGGUCGUAAAAGCGAAAGCCACCGACAAGGGAGCAGAAUUAGCUGACGAAUACAUUGAAUUUAAGAAAAAGAAGAUGGCACAAUCGAACAUAGUACUCAUGUUUGGUCAUUUACUCGCUGAUAUGGGUGAAUAUGAAAAAUCGCUGAAAUAUUUUGAAAAGAUUUUACGUGAAGUACCGAAUGAUGAAGAACUCGCUUGUGUUUAUCAUAAUAUUGGUCGUGCUUAUCGUUUACAAGGUAAUUAUGAAAAAGCGAUAAUUAAUUAUGAUCGUGCCUAUAAAAUGCACAUGAAUUCUAAGCCAGCUCGUUUUGUUUCGGCAGCUAAAACGUUGAAUGGUCUAGCAGUAGUUUACAAUGAAAUUGGUGAAUAUGACGAAGCAAAUAAACACUAUUUAAAUGCAUUGGCAGUAUACAAGAAAGCGUUGCCUAAAAAUCAUAUAGAUAUUGCCUCAACAUUAAAUAACUUGGGUAAUUUUUAUCACGAUAAUGGAGAAUAUAAGUUAGCCAUCAAAUAUUUGAUGGAAGCAAAACAGAUCAAUGAAAAAAUAUUGCCUAAAGAUCACCCCGAUACCGCUAGAGUAUUGAAUAAUAUUGGAAAUGUUUACUAUAAAACUGAAGAGUAUGAGAAAGCUUAUGAGCACUAUGUAAAAGCAUGGAGAUUAAAAGAAAAAGCUUUACCCGCUGAUCAUCCAGAUAUUGCUCGCAGUCUCGAUAAUAUUGGCCUCACCUAUUAUAAAUACAAUGAUUUUCCUCGUGCAAUCGAAUACCAUGUAAAGGCCUUGCAAAUGACUGAAAAAACAUUACCACUAGAUCAUCCAUUGAUAACCAAUAUUAAGGAACAUUUGAAUACUAUUCAAAUCAAUACGCUCAGGCUCUAA